CCUUAAGAUGAGAAGAGAACGGGGCGAAGCAGGCUGAAGUUGACGGUUUGUUAUCUAGACGAAUUACGGACUUAUUUUGCUUCAAGGCUACGUUAUAUUUACCGCUCGACAGUGAAAGCCGUACGAUAUGGUCUUAUGUUUGAGUAUAACUAUAUUUGACGUAUGAAGCACGCGCUUAAUGAAGUGCUCGUGAUCAGCUCGCGCGUCUCAUGGAAGUUUCUGUGACUUGGCAAUAAAUAAAUGCGUUUCUUCCGAAGACAGCAACACGUCUUUACUUUUUAGUGCACGGACUUAUUACUUAGCCGCUAAGAAGAUUAAAAUCAUGACGGGUAGAGAGGACGAGUAUGACUAUCUCUUCAAAGUGGUGCUGAUUGGUGACUCAGGUGUGGGCAAAAGUAACCUGCUUUCUCGCUUCACCCGUAAUGAGUUCAACCUGGAGAGCAAGAGCACCAUCGGGGUGGAGUUUGCCACACGCAGUAUCCAUGUGGAGGGAAAGACCAUCAAGGCUCAGAUCUGGGAUACGGCUGGACAGGAGAGAUACAGGGCCAUCACAUCAGCGUAUUACAGAGGUUCAGUUGGAGCCCUGCUGGUGUAUGACAUUGCAAAACAUCUGACCUAUGAGAAUGCAGAGCGCUGGCUGAAAGAGUUGCAGGAUCAUGCCGACAGCAAUAUUGUAAUCAUGUUAGUAGGGAACAAAAGUGACUUGCGCCAUCUGAGAGCUGUGCCUGUGGAUGAAGCAAAGGCCUUUGCAGAAAAGCAUGGCCUUUCUUUCUUGGAGACUUCUGCUCUGGACUCUUCUAAUGUUGAACUUGCCUUUCAGACCAUUCUUACAGAAAUCUACCGUAUCGUAUCCCAGAGGCAGAUGUCAGGGCUUGGCGAUGCUAGCUUCUCCCCCAACUCCAAAGUGGUUCCCAUUACUGUGCAGCCUACACAGAAUUCUGGCAAGCAGGGUGCCUGCUGUCAAAAUAACUGAGCUGCCACAGCGCCACCACGGGGCAGCUUUGGAACACGCUAUCGGGCUGGGGAUCCAAAACGGUUUGUGCCUGUGUCCGAAUAACUGCAUUGUAUUCCCUCGUUGUGGUGUUAAUGUAUGUAACAAACUUACUUGGCUAUGCCCAGAAUCGGCAAGUAAUAAGCUUCAAACUUGGAGUGAGAGGCCAUGCUUCCUGUUUCAGACUGCUAAGAAAUGAGCAGUUAGCUGGGGCGCUCAGAUGUGGCUGCUCAAUUUAUUUUUCUGAUUUAUUUUUUUUGUCACAGACAGUCUGCUUACAAACAACGGACUGGAAGAACAUCACUAGGACAAAGUGACACGUAUAAAAAAACAAAAAAACUUUUCAAUGGUUUCUGGUGAAAAUUGUCAUUAAUUUAUGAAAUUGUAUUUUGUUUUAAUUAUUUUUUUUGGAAUAGCUCAGCCAUAAAGAAAAUUCUGGCAUAGUUUACUCACCCUUAUGUCUUUAGAAACCUGUUUGACUUAAUUUCUUCCAUGGAAUACAAAAGUAGUUGUUUAAAAGAAUGUCCAAGCUGCUUUUGUUUACAAAGUCGAUGGUGACCACAGAUGUAAAGCUAGAUUUUCAGUACGUUUCUCACAAUGCUAUUAUAUGCUUUCAACAGACCUCUUUGGAGCUUGACAGCCCCUGGUCACCAAACACUUUAAUUUUAUGGAAGAGAGCAGCUCAGACAUUCUUCAAAACCACUGCUUUUGUGUUCAAUGAAGAAGUCAGUCAUAUGGGUUUGGAACAACAUGAGAGUGAGUAAAUGAUAACAGGUUUUUAUUAUUUUUUUUUUUUUUUAUAGGUGAACUAUUCCUUUAAGCACCAUAGAAGUUAAACCAAGUUACCACCAGGUAAAUUCACACAGUGGUCACUGAGCCACCAAUGAAGUCAUUUCUGACAGUCACUGCUGUAACAGCCCUUCUGUAUUUACUGAAUGCAGAUAUGAUCUUGAUAUUCUGUGGUAUUUUUACUUUAUAUAUUUUAUAUGAAUGUCCUUUUUUUUUCCAUGACUUGUGUGAAAAUACUGAUCGAAUUUAUUGGCAAACAAGUGACACGCUUUAUAUUAGACGUGCUGUUAGAGUGUUUUCUGGGUAUCAGAGUUGUUAAUAGGUUAAUUGAUAGAUAUGCAGUAGAGAUUGAUAAGAGUAUAAUAAUCAAAUUUAGGGUUGGGAAUCGUGAACUGGUUCUUAAUAAAACAAACCAUGGUGCCUUAAAUGGCAUGGUGCAUUAAAAUAUGCAUAAAAGAUUUACAAUGCUGUAUAAGCAUCAGAGUCACUUAAAGUUUUCAGUGCACAUCUUAGUUUCUGUCAGGUGUGCACAAGAAUCGGCAAUUCACUUUUUGGGCAUGUAAUUCACCGUUUCCUGCAAUUAAAGUGUAAAUGCACCCUUUGUGCUACCUUUGGGUUUACCCCUUUCACAGUACUUGUUUUUUUUUUUUUAGAAUUUACAAUACAUUUUAUUUGUUAUUGCCAUUCUGUGGAAAUCUGAAAUAAUCACAUCAAUUGAUAACAGGCUUUUGAGGGUAGUGAAUGCAAAAAGAAUUGUUUUCCAUACAUUGUCCAUUUGUUCUUCCUCAGAAUUACUCAAAUAUUUUUUAAUGCAAUGAUUAAAGGAAUAUUACUGGUUCAAUACAAGUUAAGCUCAAUCGACAGCAUUUGUGGCAUAAUGUUGAUUAACAAAUUAUUUUUAAUGCGUCCCUUUUCUUUAAAAAAGCAAAAAUCUGGGUUACAGUGAGGCACUUACAAUGGAUGUAAAUGGGGCCAAUCUGUAAACAGUAAAAAAAAACUCACUGAUUCAAAAAUAAUAGCCAGAAGAUGUAAAGAAUAUACAUGUUAGCAUAAUUUUACCUUGAUAAAAUAACUUACUAACAUUUUAUAUGUAAUUAUAUCCAAUAUUACAACUUCAUUGCCAUGACAACAUAACGCCAUAAACCCUAAAACUACAGUAUAUAUGGCGAUUUGAACAACUUUACAGCUCAAAUAAUACACAAGUUUGAAUAGAUGUAUUAAUGGAAGUGCUUUUAUAAAAUCAUAAGUUUCACAUUUCUACAUCUAAACUUGCCAAAACUGGCCCCAUUCACUUCCAUUGUAAGUGCCUCACUGUAACCUUGCUUUUUUUUUUUUUUUUUUUU